AUGGCCGUCGAAGCAACACAUGACCAUCAGGCUGUUGGCGUUGCCAUCGUUGGUGGCGGACCAACCGGUUUGUUCGCCGGCCUGCUCCUCCAUCGAUUGGGAGUCUCGGUCUGCGUCCUUGAUGCCAAGCCUAGGAGCCUUGAGCUGGGGAGGGCAGAUGCUCUGAACGCUCGAACGCAACAGUACUUUGAAGUGGCCAAGAUUCUCGAGGAUCUGCUACCCCUGGGUCUCAAAUGCAGCACAAGUUCCACCUUUGGCAAUGGCGAGUUCAAAUCACGGCAGAACAAGUGGUGGGUGAGCCUCGAGCACACGCUGCACAAAAACUUUCUCAUGCUCGGCCAACCAGUCAUCGAGAAGCUGCUGAGCAGCGAGCUGGGUGACCUUGUGCACUACGGAGAGCAAGUCGUCUCUAUUUACGAGCACGACGAGAGUGUUGACAUCAUCACGAGCUCCGGACGUCGAGUUCGCUCCCGGUAUGUCGUCGGCGCAGACGGCGCUCGCUCGGCGGUGCGCAAGCACAUGGGCGUCACUUUCACCGGCACCAAACCGGAGAUGGUGUGGGCGGUGCUCGAUACCUUCAUCGACACGGACUUUCCUGUCUGCCCGGAAAUCAUUACGUUCGAAAUCGACUCUCAGUCGCGCGUGUCUUGGAUCCCGAGGGAGCGAGGGCUAUCCCGCUUUUACGUGCUCCUGGACGGAGAAGUCACCCAGGAAAGGGCGCAAGAGUCCAUCAAAAGACACAUGACUCCGCACCGAGUCGAAUUUCAGAGAACAGAGUGGUAUAGCACUUUCGAAGUCAAGGAGCGCGUUGCGUCAUGUUUUAUUUCAAAAGACGGUAGUGGGCGCAUCAUCCUGGCCGGCGACGCUGCGCACGUUCACUCCGUCAACGGAGGACAGGGACUGAACACGGGCAUCGCCGAUGCCUUUGGCUUGGCUUGGCGGCUUGCUGCUGUGGUCAACGUCCCUUCGAGCCUCAGGGCAGACGCCGCGGGCAAGUUGCUUCUCAGCUACGAUAUCGAGCGGAGAGGCACGGCGCAGGGAGUCGUUGACGUUGCCGCCGCUCUGGUGCGCGAUACGGUGCACGAGGCGAAGCAAUAUGUCGGGACUAUUGAAAAGAAUGCGGUGUCUGAUCAUUUGUACGAUAGAGCGCACAUCGCAGGAGGGUAUCACAUAGCGAAGAAUAACAAGAACAACACGAUCAUCGAUCAAAGACCCAACUGA